CCCAGACAGAGAGGACUGACAGGCGGCGCCCGUCACUGGGGUCGCUUGUCGCCAACCCCUUAGUUCUUUCUGAUCGUCCCCCAAGUGUUUCUAAUACUGACUCCGCGGCCCCGCGCGUGCCUGCGGAGGACGGGACCAUCUGGUCCAACGAGCCCACGCCCACCGAAGGUUUCGCCCACUCCCCGCCGGAGGCCGCAGCGGCCUAGCGUAGGCCUUGGGACCGGUUUGAUCGAGCUAGGACUGGACAGGCCGCGGCGGGGAUCGCCGGAACCGAGGUGAGGCAGCUUCAGUGUACUGCAAGGGCUCAUCUGGAAGAAUCUCCUCGAGUUCUAGCCUUAACCCUCCGUCCCGCCGGCCGCCGCAGCCAGGUCGCAGCCAGCAGAGGGCGCUGCCGGGCAUGGCCGAGGAGCGUCGCGGGGCCUGGUUCGGCUUCGGUUUCUGCGGCUUCGGGCAGGCGCUGGGCUCGGGGCGUGGGCGCCAGGUACACAGCCCCGAGCCUCUGAGGGCGCCAGGCGCGGGCCUCGAUGUCUGCCGCGUGAGCGCGAGCUGGAGCUACACCGCCUUCGUGACCCGUGAAGGAGGCCGGGUGGAGCUGUCUGGCUUCGCGGUCGGAGCGGCGGGCGGCUGCAGGGACGCGUGGGCGUCGGAGGAGCUCCUGGUGGUGCUGCGCGCGGGGCCGGGACCCGGGGCCGGGACGGAGCUGCAGGCCUGGGCGCCCGGUUCGGCGCUGCGCGGGGAGCCCCUCUGGGCCCAGACCGUGCCGGAGGCUGAGCGGGAAGACGGACCGGUCGGCGAUGAGACCCAGGCUGGGCCGCUGCCGCUGCUGCCCUGCGCUCGCGCCUACGUGAGCCCCCGGCCGCCCUUCUACCGGCCUCUGGCCCCGACACUGCGGGCGCGCCGGCUGGAGCUGGGCGCUGAGCACGCGUUGCUGCUGGACGCGGCGGGCCAGGUGUUCUCCUGGGGCGGGGGCAGGCACGGACAGCUGGGCCACGGGACUCUGGAGGCAGAGCCGGAGCCGAGGCUGCUGCAGGCGCUGCAGGGCCUAACCAUGGCUGAGGUGGCCGCAGGUGGCUGGCACUCUCUGUGUGUGAGUGAGGCUGGGGAUAUUUAUAUCUGGGGCUGGAAUGAAUCAGGGCAGCUGGCCCUGCCCACCAAGAGCCUGGCAGAGGAUGGAAAGACAACCGCAGAAGCCUCAGGACUGAAUGAAGAUGGUUCUGAAGUGAAGACAGUAGCCGGGGGUGAGGAUGGAGCCCCCGCCCCCUUCAUAGCUGUCCAGCCCUUCCCGGCUUUACUGGACCUCCCCCUGGGCUCAGAUGCAGUCAAGGCCAGCUGUGGAUCCCGGCACACAGCGGUGGUGACAAGAACGGGGGACCUCUACACCUGGGGCUGGGGCUCACUCAAGGCAGAAGCUGGUAAAGACAUCAGACUUGACACCAAAAUGCUGACCCAGCGCCCUUUGGGUUUCUUACCGCUUUCCGGACCUUGGCCUUUGACCCAGUCAUAACUGUGGCCACAGCUUCUCUCUCUUCUGCAGUUCUACCUGAGUGCGCAAAUCCUUUUCUAGCUGCAAGAUGGUCGUCUCUCCUUCUUCCUAUAUGAGACAAUGUACUAUUGUGUUAAGGUUCCAAGCGGAUUUCUUCAAAGGAAGAGAAGACAACGAAAGAGGACUAGAAUGACAGACUUUUAGUUAAACUUACAAAUAAAUCAACUUACAGCUAACAGAAUAUGGCACAAAGAGGGUCCCCUAACAAAGGUCCCCAGUAAGGAAAGGUACCAGGGCACUUUUACAAGAGGUAAAAAUUGGUUGAAAAGCUUAUUUUGAAUUAGCUACAGGGUAGUAUAUUUAGCUCCUAACUAAAUGUUUACCCCAAUAAUCCUAAACAUCACUCAACCAAUAAAAAUCAAUUUAGUACUCCUUGCUCUACUCCUAACUGAUAAGCAGGAGAAAAAACAAGUGGCGGUUAUGUCCUAUAAAUUUUAUUCAACAUUGGUGAACUAAGAACUGUCAUAUAAUUUAAGGGAGAUGUACCACUGUAUAUCUAACUUCUCACUCAAUUUCAUAUUGAAAAUUUAAAAAAAAAGACUAAAGAAACUAUUUGUCCAAAAUCAAUGAUAUUUAUGCCAUUUGUGUUGAUUUCAGGAAGCUCUACUGAUGUCACAGUCUGCCUGACUGUUCUUGGCUACCAGAAAUGAAUUAGCCUUAACCCUUUAGACAGUCUCCUCCUCCUAGGCUGACUCCACUGAGAUACCCAGGCAGUUCUUUCUGUAACAGGGAGAGGGACCUGAGACCUUAUUGGUACCACAUUAGCCACUGUGUGCUGUCCUUGCACCCACAUCUAUUCUAAUUACCUUCCCAAUCUCCACGUUUGUCUUCAUUUUUAUGAUCCCAACACUGUUUUUACCAGUUCUAACCAGGGAUAUGUUUUGGGGUCCCUCUGUCAUUCACGUCAUGCUUGCUGGUGUCCUCAUUUAAGUCCGAUUUGUGCUGGACCACAGGACAGCAACCUCUCAGCAAGGUACACAGAUAAACAUGGCAUGCCCUGAAUUUGACUACGCUCUCUUGAUAUUCCAGCUGUGGAGACAUCUCUUCUCAAGUGGCCAUUCUGGCUAGUUCAGUGAUGUGUAGCUUUCGGGUAUGAAAAAAUCCACAGAGGCAGGUUUUUUGGGUAACUUUUCCUUAUAUCACUAGUCACUUUUGUAUCCUAAGUAGUUCUCUUCAUUUUCUUUCAAAGAAAGAAUGGAAUGAUAUCAUCUAUGCCUAGCUCAGAGUUCAAAAAAGUUUUUGUGUCCUACAAAUUGAUAGUUAGAGGCUUGUUUUUGAUUAAAACAUUUCAACACUUAGCUGCUUCACCUCUCAACAGGGCAACUCUUCACGUAAGUGAAAACUGCUUUGCUGGAACCAAGUAACUAGGCAGCACAUUUUUCCCAUUUCUCAUGUCCAGUAUCAGCCCUACAAGGAAACUUUCCACCUGUAGCCCCAAAUCAAAGUUCUUCCCUAAAUCUCAGACCCAGGCAGGAUCGAUCCCCUGACACCCUGCCAUGUACCUGAAAUGGCUCGACAUGUAGCUCACUGCACAGAGUGUUCAGCUCUUUUUGGCAGAUGGCUAUGCUUUUGAUGAGCCUUUCCUUCAGGCUUUCCUCUUCAGCAAUCAUCAUAUCCAGGAGGUCCUACGAGAGAUGAAACAGUCCCAUAAAAGUUUCGGGUGUUUUCCCCAUUGACCUCAAACAACAAACAACACCAAAACCCUCAUAAUUUCAAAUUUUAAAGGAAGGACUUAAACAAAACCAGGACUUCCCUGGCGGUCCAGUGGUUAAGAUUCUGUGCUCCCAAUGCAGGGGGCACAGGUUCAAUCCCUGGUUGGGGAACUAGGAUCCUAUAUGCUGCACGGCGCGGCCAAAACAAACAAAAAACAAGGAGGAGCCUGUGACAUCCUAGUGUCACUUCUAUAUGCUAUCUUAGAUGAGACACCAACAUCCUUACCCCUGUCCCACUACAAAGAGAUCAGUAUUACUCAACUCACCUUGAUAUGCUUCUUUACGACCUCAGUUCUUUGUAACCGCUGGUCCUCUGGAAUCCCAAUCAAUUCCCAUAUUUCCCGAAGGUGAUUCAGGGCUUUCUGUAGACAUACUAUGGACUCCUCUGCCAGCACCUCACUAAAAAGCAAAAGAGAACCAGCUACAUGAGCCACUGCCUCCAGACUAAAAGCAGUAUUUACAGAAACUAAACAAACUAGUUUCGCAGUGGGCUCAAGGCUAAAACAAAUUGAAAACAAGCAUUCAGCUUAACUCAUCUUGAACACUCCCCUAUCCUUCUGCCUCCAAACACCAAAACACUGGCAAAGCAAAAUCCAGUAUCAUAUUAUCAAUUCAGUGUGGAAAUUCAAUCUUCUGAAUAAUACUCAGAAUCUGGACUUUGAUCAAUGAUUCUACCUAUGGCAGUACAAUACAGAAUUUUAAAUGCUUUUAUUAAAGAAAAAACAAACAAAAAUGUCAGGUCCUAUAAAAUAGCUGGCAAUUUAGUUACCCAUUUUUUUCCCUUCCUGUUUUUCUAAGCUAUAAUUGACAUAUAUAGCACUGUAUAAGUUUAAGGUGUACAGCAUAAUGAUUUGAUUUACAUACAUCAUGAAGUAAUUAUCACAAUAAGUUUAGUAAACAUCCAUCAUCUCAUAUAGGUACAAAAUUAAAGAAAUAGAAAAAAAAUUUUUUUGCCUGUGAUGAGAACUCACAGGGUUUACUCUCUUAACAACUUUCAUAAAUAACAUACAGUGGUGCUGGGACUUCCCUGGUGGUCCAGUGGAUAAGGCUCGGCGCUCCCAGUGCAGGGGGCCCAGGUCAGGGAACUAGAUCCCAAGUGCAUGCCGCAGCUAGGAGUCCACAUGCUGCAACUAAAGAUCCUGCAUGCCUCAAGAAGACCCGGCGCAGCCAUCCAUAAAUAAAUAAAAUAAAUAAGUAUUUUUAAAAAUACAGUGGUGCUAAUUAUAUUUAUCAUGUUCUAUAUUACAUCCCUAGUACUUAUUUAUCUUAAAACUGAUUCCUUAUAACCUUUUGACUGCCCUCAUCCAGUCCCCCACCCCCAGCCUCUACCUAAGACUCUAAUCUCCUUUUCUGAGUUUGUUUGUUUUUGAAAUAUAACUGACCUAUAACACUAUGUUAGUUCCUGUUACAGAACACAGUGAUUUGAUAUUUCUAUACAUUUCAAACUGAUCACAAUAAGUCUAGCUAUGAUAUGGCACCAUACAAAGAUAUUACAUAGUUAUUGACUAUAUUCCCCACACUGUACAUUUCAUACCUGUGAUGCAUUUAUUUUGUAACUGGAAGUUUGUAUUUCUUAAUCUGCCUCACCUAUUUCUUUCCUCCCCCUACCCCCCGACCCCUCUUGGCAAAUUCCUGUUUGUUCUCUGUAUCUAUAACUGUGUUUACAUUUUAUUAUGUUUGUUCAUUUGUUUAUCUUUUUAAAUUCCACAUAUAAGUGAAAUUACAUGGUAUUUGUCUAUCUCUGUCUGACUUAUUUCACUUAGCAUAAUGUCCUGUAAGUCCAUCCAUGUUGUCACAAAUGGCAAGAAUUCAUUCUUUUUUUAUGGCUGAGUAAUAUUCCAGUGUGUGUGCAUGCAGACACACAUACAUACAUACACACACAAACAUACACACAUAUUCUUUAUCCAUUCAUCUACUGAUGGGCACUUAGGUUGCUUCCGUAUCUUGGAUGCUGCAAUGAACAUAGAGGGGCACAUAUCUUUUCGAAUUAAGUGUUUUGUUUUCUUUGGAUAAAUACUCAGGAGUGGAAUUGAUAGAUCAUAUGGUAGUUCUAUUUCUAAUUUUUUUUUUUUUUUUUUUUUGCGGUAUGCAGGCCUCUCACUGUUGUGGUCUCUCCCGUUGCGGAGCAUAGGCUCCGGACGCGCAGGCUCAGUGGCCAUGGCUCAUGGGCCCAGCCGCUCCGCGGCAUGUGGGAUCUUCCCGGACUGGGGCACGAACCCAUGUCCCCUGCAUCAGCAGGCGGACUCUCAGCCACCGCGCCACCAGGGAAGCCCCUAUUUCUAAUUUUUUGAGGAAUCUCCAUACUGUUUUCCAUAGUGGCUACUCCAAUUUAUAUCCCCACCAACAGUGCACAAGCGUUCCCUUUUCUCCACAUCCUCACCAAUACGCGUUAUCUGUUGUCUUUAAUAAUAGUCAUUCUGACAGUUGUGAGGUGAUUAUCUCAUCGUCGUUUUGAUUUGCAUUUCCAUUUUGAUUAGUGAUGUUAAGCAUCUUUUCAUGUGCCUGUUGACUAUCUGUAUGUCUUCCUUGGAAAAAUGUCUAUUCAGAUCCUCUGCCCAUUUUUUAAUCAGGUUGCUUGUUCUUCUCAAUGUUGAGUUGUGUAAGUUCUCUGUAUAUUUUGGAAUAUUAACCCCUUCUCAGGUAUUUUCAAAUAUCUUCUCCCAUUCAGUAGGUGGCCUUGUUGUUGUUCUUAAAUUACAACUAUUAAUUUAUAGAAUGACUAAAAGUUAAAAAAUAAUCAGGUGUUGGUGAGUAUACAGAAAAGCCAGAACUUUCGUAUACUACUGCUUGGAGUGUGAACUGGUACAACCACUUUGAAAACUGUUGGCAGUAUCUGCUAAAGCUGAACCCAGCAGUUCCAUGUCUACAUAUGUAGAAAUGCACACAUAUGUACCAAAGGUGUGUACCAGAAUGAUCAAAGCAGCACUACUCAUAAUAUCAUAAAGGUAGAAACAACCUAGAUGUCCAUCAACAGAAUAGAGAAACAGUACAUUCCUACCAUGGAAUAAUACAGCAAUGAAUAAAAAAACAUGGGUGAAUCUCAGAAACAUCAUGUUGACCUAUGCUAAAUGAAAGAGGUCAAAUGCAAAAAGACUACAUACUAUAUGAUUCUACCUUAUGAAAUUUUAGAAAAGGCAAAACUAUAAUGAAAGAAAGCAAAUGAACUGCCUGGAAUCGGGGCAGGGGAUCAACUGCAAAGGGGCAUACAGCAGCUAUUUUUAGGGUGACAGAAUGGUUCUAGAUCUUAAUGGUGAUGGUGAUUACAUAACUAUACACAGUGACCAAAAUUCAAACUGUACACGUAAAAUGAGUCAAUUUUACUGUAUGUAAAUUAUACCUCAAAUCUUAAAGAAAAAAAAAAAGGGAGGUAAAAGAAACAACUAAGAUGGAAAAACAGAACAAAAAGUUGAGGAAGAAGAGGAAAAACAGCCAGAUAAGCAAGCAUCUAUCACUACGUGAUUCCAAUUAUACAAAGUCAAAAACAGGCAGAACUAAGCUUUGCUUUGAGAAGUCAGGAUAGUGGUUGUCAUUGUCCUGGGAAGUGGUGACUUUUGGAGGGCACAGGAGGGGUGGUUACACAGCGUGUGCUGACUUUAUGAAAAUUCAUCAAGUUUGCACUUGAUCUGUGUACAUUUCUGAAUAUAUGUUAUACUUCAAUUACAAAAAGUUUAUUUAAAAAUUAUUCACUGUUUAUCUGAAGCACAAAUUUAACUGUGUACCUUGUAUUUUAUCUUUCAAAAAAAACUUUAGUUUUCUUUUUUUUUUUGGCCUCACCGCACAACUUGUGAGAUCUUAGCUCCCCAACCAGGGAUGGAACCUGCGCCCUCAGCAAUGAAAGCGCAGUCUUAACCACUGCCCGCCAGGGAAUUCUCAAAAAACCUUUACUUAAAAAAGUUUGCUUAGUCUGCUUCACACAGCAUUUAAAUAAGAGAUUUUCUCUCCUUUCUUGGUACACCUGGAUAACAGAGACCACUCUGGCACCAGAGAGACUAAACUCUGGAUGUGCUUUUCUAUCAGUCAGCCAGGAGGCCUCCAACAAGUCACUGAAGCUCUUUGUGUGCAAAUGAUGAGGAUAGAGGCUCUCACUGGCCCCCUCUCUGUCGCAGCAUAUUCAGGGGUUCUGAAUCACCAGCCUAGAUCUCCAAGAACAUCAGUUUCUCCAUAGGCUUUUUUUUUUUCUUUUCUGCUCACUUCUUCCUUCCUUCCUUCCUUCUCUCUCUCCCUCUCCCUCUCUCCCUCCCUCCCUCUCUCUCUCUAUUUAUGUUAUUUUUGGCUGCAUUGGGUCUUCAUUGCUGCACUGGCUUUCUCUAGUUGCGGCGAGCGGGGGCUACUCUUCGUUGUGAUGUGCAGGCUUCUCAUUGCAGUGGCUUCUCUUGUUGUGGAGCACAGGCUCUAGGGCGCACGGAUUUCAGUAGUUGUGGCACGUGGACUCAGUAGUUGUGGCACGUGGACUCAGUAGUUGUGGUGCAUGGGCUUAGUUGCUCCACAGCAUGUGGGAUCCUCCUGGACUAGGGCUCGAACCCAUGUCCGCUGUAUUGGCAGGCGGAUUCCCAACCUUGCACCACCAGGGAAGUCCUCCUUAGGUUUUAAUAUAUUCACAUCCAAGACAUUUCUCUAGCCAAGAAAUCCCAAUUCAAAGGUUGCCUGUCCUAGUUCAAUAAAAGCUUCUGCACAAAUACCAGCUGCCUAUACCAGAUGGCCAAUUAUCAAUACCCACAUAAUGAAGAGUGUUUAAAAGAAUUUACAGGGACUUCCCUGGUGGUCCAGUGGGUAAGACUUGGCACUCCCAGUGCAGGGGGCCCGGGUUUGAUCCCUGGUCAGGGAACUAGAUCCCACGUGCAUGCCGCAAAUAAGACCCCGGUGCAGCCAAAAAUAAUUAUUAAAAAAAAAAAAAAGAAUUUA